GCAUUCCCGGAAGUGAUGAUUUUUGCCCUCGUGAAUCAGCUGAUCAGGAAACUCGCUGAAUGUUGCAAAUACGAUGUGUUGACCACAAGCAGCUAAAAUCACAUUUUAACAAUGGCUAAUUUAAAAGCGGAAGCACUGGAAAAUGACAGUGAUCUUUAACGGAUUAGUUGGAGCUAAUGUGGGUUUGUUUGUGCAGUAGGAAGGACUCAAUAGCUGCAUCUUAGGACAUCUGUUCAACAUUGCCUAGUGAAGCUACAGAAUGGAUCCCUUGGGAGCUCGUUCCCAGUUUGUGGAGGUCCAGAACCUCCCCACGUGGGACCAGCCUCAGGGAGUCCAGGACGAGGUGGAUGGAGAAAACCUCUUAAUGGAGGAAGAUGACCAGCUGACCAAUCAGCUCAAUUCCUUCGAGUCCCCUUUCCCCUUCAGACAAGACAUCAAUAGCAAGAUUGUACUAUUUAAUGGAGAUGUGGCACUUUUAAACUGCACUGCAAUCGUCAAUACAAGUAAUGAGACACUAACGGACAAGAAUCCUGUAUCAGACAGUAUCCACAGAAACUCCGGACCUGAACUAAGGGAUGAAUUACUCAAACUGAAAGGAUGUCGGACCGGGGAGGCAAAAAUGACAGAGGGUUUCAACUUGGCUGCACGCUUUAUCAUUCACACUGUUGGACCCAAAUAUAAAGCCAAGUACCGGACAGCUGCGGAGAGUUCUCUUUACAGCUGUUACAGAAAUGUCAUGCAGCUUGCCAAGGAACAUGCCAUGGCAUCUGUGGGGUUUUGUGUGGUCAGCACAGUCAAAAGGGCAUAUCCACUGGAGGAUGCCACACAUAUAGCAUUAAGGACUAUCCGUAGAUUUCUGGAGAACCAUGGUGAAAACAUUGAGAUGGUGGUGUUUGCUGUUUCGGGUGUUGAGGAGCCAGUGUACAGGAAGUUAAUGCCUUUGUAUUACCCACGUUCAAAAAAAGAGGAGAGGAUUGGUCUGCCUCUCCUCCCUGCCAACAUUGGCAAUUCUGAGGGGGAGCCCGUGGUCCCGGAGAGACAGAUCCGCAUUGCCGAAAAGCCAGGAAAUCUAGAGGAUGACUCCGGGGAUGACUCACUAGAGUCCGACCUGGGGCUGGUAGGAAGUCAUGCAUUUGCUCGUAUGGAAGGGGAUGUAGAUAAGCAACGUAAACUCAUCCUUCAGGGCCAAAUGUCUGAAGCAGCCCAGCAGAAACAGCACCAAAGGAACUAUAACCGCUGGCUUUGCAGAGCUCGAGCAGAGGACCUUUCAGACAUAGCAGCGUUAAAAGCACUAUAUCAGACCGGUGUCGAUUUGUGUGGUAGGACGGUCAUGGUUGUUGUUGGCAGGAAUAUUCCAGUUACACUUAUUGAUAUGGAGAAGCAGAAGAGUUUGAGUCCUUGUUCGAAAGUCAAAACCGGGGGAGGUGAUCGCAAUAAUCCUUUCAAAGCCAAGUUGACUAUUUGUGUAAUAAGUAAUUGGUUGGAUGUGUUGAUAAUGUUUCAAAAACCAUUUCUCGCAAGGUUUUCCUUCUGUGUUUUCAGGUUUAAGAAAAACCUGAGGGCUUUCUACUUCAUUCACCCGACGUUCCGCUCCAAGGUCUCUACUUGGUUCUUCACGACGUUCAGUGUAUCAGGCCUUAAAGAGAAGGUCCAUCACAUAGAGAACCUACAGCAGCUCUUCACCUGCAUCCUACCUGAGCAGAUUGACAUCCCUCCUUUUGUCCUGGAGUAUGACACGCGGGUUAACAACCCCUAUUACACGGCUCAGUCCUCAGGCCUGUGAUGGUGUUGGAUAAACCCAGAACCGAGGAAAGGACCUGCCUCUUUUCACCGGGCCGAUACUCAACCCGAUGACCCCGACUCUGAUGUGAACAAGAUGAACGCAGUCAAAAGUGCAUCUUUGCCGUGACAGUGAGAGACUGUCAAUCAAUAAUGCUGUAUAAACACAUCCUGCUGAAACCUGCUGAACGUGCCACAGACCUGUACCAAACCCAGAUGUCACUGAAGGAACCGCCUGCCUGACCCAAGCUGUUUUUGAACAAGGUAUGCGUGUGUGGUGUAGAUGAAGAGACUGAAUGUGAAACACAUGUACCAGUGUCUGCGUGAAUAAUGGCUGGAAAUAGCCAAAACCAUUCUGGUUUUAAUUUCUUAUGUCCUUGGCCAUCCAAUCAUCUGAAAGCCUCAUAUUUUCCUGCCUAAACUGUUUUGUUGUUUCAUGUCAUUCUGUGUCUGCAAAGUCACUAAAAGGAGCAGCGUUUUGCUUUUAUCUUGAUUCUCUUUUUUUUCCACCACAAGCACUUUUACAGCUUUAACUGAGGUGUCAAACAACCAUCACUACAGUUUCUUGAGGUUUGACAGGAAGCAACGUUUCCUCGUGUGUGAGGGAUGUGCUUUCACAUAGAUUGCUUUGUGCAGCUCUAAAAUCAGGUUGGCCUGUUGAGAUUUCUAUUAGCCUUUUAAUAAUAGUAUUUACUUCUGUUCCUUUAAAUAUGGUACAUCAGUGUUCUGGAAGCUUCACCUGAGGUACACUAAAAUCUUGCAGUGCGCCAGAUUGUAUUUCAUUUGAAGCAGAUUUACAAGCAUGGCCGAAGGAAUGUCACAGAGUGAAGCACUGUAAAUAGAUCAUUGUAGUUACUGCAGAUGCUGUCUGGUAUUAUUAAUUCAGUUUAUUUUUUUUUUGUCAGCCCUUAGUGUAGCUGUGCAGUGAUUCUUGUGUUAAAUUUCGUACCAUUUUAAAUGAAGUAUGACAUAUGAAUUAUGAAAGUAAUAUUUGAAUAAACAGAAUUUGAACAUUUGAUGUUAUCAUUAAUCUUUGUUUUGGCGUCUUUAUUUAAUUAUUUUGUUUAAU